ACCGUCGUCGUCCUCGUCGUCGCCGUCGCAAAAAUUACCCAAAAAAAAUAAGAAAAAAAGGAUAAAAAACCACACAAAGUUUGCACAGUUUAGCUCCUUAAAAAAAGCUGGCCAAAAAGCAAAGGAUUUGCCAGAAAUCAAGUCCAGGACAUCCGGUUUUGUGUGUGUGUGUCCUGAAACUCAAAACGAAAUUAAUUGCUUGCAAAAUCGAACAAAGACACAGCGAAAAGCUUACGCACAUCGGCGUUUAUAUAUAGUGAUAUAUAUAUAUUAAAAAUAGUGAUAUAUAGAGAGAGCGACUCUCCAGGACGAUAUCCUUUUGCGGCAGCUGGAGCUUUGUUGUCGCCCGUAUUAUUAUUAUAACUCCGGCCAGGAUGUUGUCGCUGUCAUCGCUGCCAUCGCCUCCGUCGCUUUUCCUGCUGCUUCUUUUGUUCUUCUUUGGCUCAGACAUUUCUGGAGCAGAUCGAUCCUCCUCCUCCUUGCCUCCGGCCGAGAAUGUGACGCUGGCGGCGCUGCCCUCGUCCUCGUCAUCGGCAGCGGCGCCCAUUACCGACAGCACUAUGUCCUCGGUGCCGGAGAAGCCGCUGGGCGACUACGACAACCCCAGCAGCUCCCAGGGGAGCAGCAUUAGCAGCAACAGUAAUGGAAGCAGCCAACCUAAUAACCUAGGCAGCCUAGGGACAUCCUACAACAACGAGGCCAGCGAUGAGCAGAUCACAAGCAGCAGCAGCAACAUGAGCCAAUCCAGCUCCAGCUCCAGCUCUUUGAGCAACAGCAGCAGCAAUCCCAUCUCCAGCACAGCUGUAUUGGCAGGAGCCGGGGCUGACAACCAGGAUGGCCUGGUCCUGGCCACGCCCACGGCCAUCAAUGGCAGCACGCCGCCAGAGCAUCAGACCAUUGGCCAGGCACCGCCAACUAAAGGCGAACAGGAGGCAAUCCUGCGAGCCCUCGACUGGCUGAAGGAGAAACGAGCCUCGGACUAUGGCUGGGGCAAUGACACCCAUGUGGUUAUCCUGGCCAAGGAGCUGUCCGGCGGCAGGGAUCCCAACGACAGUGUCGAUGGGCAUGUGCAGGUGAUCCAGGAGCUGGAGGAUACGCUGUCGGUGAAGGAGAUGGAAAUCGAAAUACUGGCCAUGCUGGAUCGCCAUCAUACGCUGCCCAAGCCCCUGGAUCUGGACAAGCUGGCCCGCUAUGUCCUGGCCUUGGGUUCGCUGUGCAAGGACCCGAAGCACUUCCAUGGCCACGAUCUGGUGGCCACACUGCAGCAUCACGAACCGGCCCAGGACAUUGAGUUUGCGCUGACCACGCUCUCGGCCUGUAGCUCGGCGGCGCAUGUGAGGAAGCGUCAAAUCCGGCGACUCCUGGACAUUGCCAGCGGUGUGACGGAUCAGAGUGUGGAUGCCAUUGCGAUGGUUAUCCUGGCGCUGCGCUGCAUUGUCACCGAUCACCGCCACCGGCAUUUGCAGCACUUUGUUCGUCGGCCGGCCCGAGGCUUGGCCAGCCUGCAGGAUCAGCGCGGUAGCUUUGGUUCACUGCGCAGCACGGCUUUGGCCAUGCAGGCUCUGCAGGAUCUGGAAUAUGACCCUGCUGGCCAUUGGAAUCGCACUGCCGCCUCGCGGUAUAUCCUAAGCCGGCAGCGGGCAGACGGCGGCUGGAGCGAGGAGCCGCUGCAGGAUGGCCAGGAGCCGGAUAUAGGAGUGGGCCUGACGGCAGAUAUUAUCCUGGCUUUGGGCUGGAAGGGAUUGGGUGCAGUAAGGGCGCUGCAAUGCGACCAUGUGAUACGAGAGAGCAGUGAUCCCACGGAGAAUGGUGAACCCAAGCUGGCAGUGCCCUUCGGUUUGAGCUCCUCUGCCGAGGAAUCGGAUGCCAAGAACAUCUCCUACACGUACACACUCUGGGUGGGCUCUAAUGUCACCGAGGCCUUCUCCCUGUCCCUCGUCUCGCCCAAGAACACCAGCUUUUUCAAGGCCAUGACCCAGGCGGCCGAAAUGGAUCCCAGAUUCAUCUUCGAGGCUCGGGAAUGGCCCAAUGGCCACUAUGUCCACACUUUGUAUGGCAAGAAGGAGGAGCCGCGAGGGUAUCACUACUGGCUACUCUAUCGGCUGCCGGAGCUGCCCGAUCCCAAUAACACGCCCGGGAAUCAGCUUAUUGCGCCUGUUGGUGUGGACGAGCUAAUGGUCGAGGAUGGCGAGCACUAUCUGUACUGGUACAAGAAGCUCUAAGCACGCGGCCUUAGACGGAGCUGCAGUUUAAAUCACUAAGCAAAGUCCAACUAGAAGCAGAAAGCAAAAAGAAAGAAACAAACAAAAAGAAAAGAGAUAACGAAUAAUACCCGGUGCUACUGGACUAUUUCUAAAACAAAAAAAAAAGGAUAUAUGGCCACACAAACUCACACACUGACACACACAAACACGCAUCAGGCAAGGCACAGAAGCAAAUAACGGUGAAUAACAGUGUGCCCAGAGCUAUAUAUAUAUUGCAUAUAUAACAGCAUAAUAACAAAGUAAUCAAAAAAAUAAAAAUAAAAAAAAGAAAAGAGGAAAGAAAAAGAUGUACACACAGACACAAAACACAAAGGAAAAAGAAACAGAAAGAAAAGGAUAUAUAACUAGGUUAGUUGCUCUAGAACUCACAACUGAUCUCGAUUCGGAGCACCUCAGGCUAAUACUUAAAGCAUAACGAUAACUAAACGAUAACAAAACCAAAAAAAAAAACCGAAGAGCAAAAGAAAAAGAGGGAGAAGGAGAAGGUGAGAAACUAAAACUUAAACUAAAACACUAACAACAGCAGGCAUCGAAUGGUAGACCGUUGGACUAACUAACGGCACCAAUCCGUCCGUUUUAGGCCCCAUUUCCGCUCCGCUCAAUGCAACGCUUCGCCGCCUAUCGUCAAGCUAUCGACAGUUAUCGAUUGCUGAAACGGGCGAAUCGUUAAGCGAUAAACGAAAAAAAAAAAAACACAAAACUAAAAACCAAAAACCAAAUGCUUUAUAUGUUAUUGAAGUAAGAGAUUCGAUGAGAAGGAUUUGAAGGAUUAGAAGAAGGAAAACAGAAGGGUAGACAAAUGGAGGAGUGCAGAAGGAUGAGGUAGAAGGCCAUCGAGCUAGCUAGUCCAAGCGAAGCAUGUUAUACCAAACACCGUACGUAACAAUAAGUGAUUGAAAAUCAUCCUUAGACAUACACACAUACUGCAUAAAUCGAUAUACAUUUAAAAAAAAAAAAAAGAAGAAAAACUAAAAAAAAAGAAUAUAAACAUAAAAAAACAACUAGUUUUAUAUGAAGUUAAGCGAAGGAAGAAAGGCAUAUAUUAUAUAAAGAGUAUAUACAGGAGGAGCAGUAGGAGAGAACGAUGAUACUACCCCCAAGACACUACUUAUAUACAAGAAAUCUCUAUGCCUAUGUCAAAACUAUUCACGAACCCAUAUACCAUAUACCAUAUACCAUAUACCAUUUACCAUUUACCAUACAUAAGUCAUAUACAUACAUAUACAAAACAUACAUGCUAUCUACAAAAAAAUGCCUACGAAAAAUUAUUACUCAUCCGCCUUGUAGUCCCUCUACUACACACAUCUCACGCCAUCUCACCCCCCGUUUUAUCACCUAUAUGUAUGUACCGCCCCCGCCCCCAAUAUUUCCAGCAGUUGAUAUCUUAAUUAAAGCCUAGCCUAACCCACUUUAACUACAACUACUAACUAACUAACUUGAAUCAAAGCCAAGCCAGAGUGCAGCAGCAGCGAAUCCAAAACUAAAACUAAACCAAUUAACUAACCUAGCGAUCUAAACUAACUCGUUUAUAUGAUAAGCAUAAACCAAAAAAAAUUGAGCUUUUUAAAUUGUGCAGAAAACCCAAAGAUUAUAGAAAGCACACCAACACACACACCUACACCAACACCUGCACCAACAACUACACCAACACCUACCCACAGAGAGAGCAGCUUGGGAUUUGAGAAUGAGUUUUGUAUGUUUCAUGUAACCCUUUCUAUUCAUUUAAUUUAAAUGUCCCCAAA